CGGACGCAGGCUUUGAACGAAAAAAAAUCAAAUGGAUUUCAGCAAAAACUAAUAGCGCGGCACCGCCCAUCAUAAUCUCACAAACCGCCCAAUUCUUUUUCGACCUUAUAACUGCCAAUUUUGAUCUUGUUCUUCGUCUUCUCCAAGUAACUCUUUCCAAUUCCUACUCACUCUCUCUGUUCGUAUUCAAAUUCAACUUUCCGUUUAUGUUCAUACCUGGUUUGUUUCUUGGGUCUUAAGUUUUUGGAGUUAACCGACUUGCGUUUGGCGGCAUAUGAUUACUGGGUUCCAUUUAUUUGUUUGUGUCUUCUUCUUCUUCUUCUUCUUCUUCUGUGAUUUUCUUUCCUCUUUUUCUCGUGUUCUUGAGUUGGGUUCUGUGUAGAUUUGAUUCUUUUUCACUAAUUUUGCGAUUAGAAUCGCCAUUGAUGAGUUUCUGGUUGUUUUUCGGUUCUGUAUAGCCUAGUUUGGGAUAUCUCUGUUUUAGAUAUCUGGGUUUUUCUUCUUCUUGUUCUUCGUUUUUGUACUCUGUUUUCGUUGUUAAUCGUGUAUUUCAAUCGAUGGAGAACAAUCAGGAUAAAUGUCGGGAACGGUUUCAGCAAUUCGGAAGUGAUCACUGUCUUGCGAAUGGAGUUUCCGACCAUGAUGUUUCCGACCGAUUCUCCGACGCCGGAGAUUCGACUGAUCCCGAUCAGGACUCGGUGGUUUCGGACUCUGAAAGCGGAAUUUCAGGGCCGAGUAUGGAGCAUGUGGAAUGGAUCAACGAGGGUUUAGUGAAACUUGCUGAAGAAAAGAUUUACGACCUAAUCAAGAGAAAAUUCUUAACCAGUUUCGGAUUGCUCGGCCAGGAAACUACGGUCUCUGCCGUUUACAAGAACAGCCAUUCGACCCACAUUGGGCAAGCCCGGCUGCACACGUUUCAGAUUUACUUGCAAGCAAUAGCGAAGAAAAAUGGGGGGAAUGCUAAUGUCAAGUACGCUUGGUUGGGAGCUUCGAAGGAUCAAAUCAACAGCAUUCUGGGCUAUGGAUUUUCCCAUUGCAACAAGCUUGAGAGUUCUCAAUCUCUUGGUAAUGGCAUUUAUCUCUCCCCUGAUGAUCAUCCACUUGAAAGUCUGGAAGAUACUGUUGUUGAUGAAGAUGGAUUAAGACAUCUAUUGCUUUGCCGUGUGAUAUUGGGGAAAUCUGAGCUUGUUCAUCCUGGUUCUAGACAGAAUCAUCCAUGUUCUGAAGCGUUUGAUUCUGGUGUUGAUAAUCUCUUUGCACCAAAAACAUACAUAAUUUGGAGCACAAACAUGAACACUCACAUCUUGCCUGAGUAUCUAAUUAGUUUCAGAAUUCCUCCUCGUUGGAAAGGUGCUUUGAAAUCCAAACAGCCUUUGAGAAUGCCAACCUCCCCUUGGAUGCCAUUUCCAGCUUUGAUAUCUGUUCUAUCUAAAUGUCUACCUGCCCCUCAAAUUGACAUGAUUACUAAGUAUCACAAAGAUCACAGGGAUCAUAAGAUUUCGAGGCACGAGCUGAUAAGGCGAGUGAGGCAGAUUGCGGGCGAUGAUCUGUUGAUACAUGUAAUCAAAUCAUCAAGAACACAGCAAAGCAAUGGAGCAAGAAAUGGACAGAGAACAGCAGCAGGGAGUGUAGAUUCACCAAUUUUCUUGGAGUAGUUGGAUUGGAAGCUUGCAGUUUCUGUUCUGUUUACCACAAAAUGGGAGUGCCAAGAAGGCAAAUCGACGAACGAGUUUUAGUUUGAAUCGAACCCGAACAUGUACCUUUGUAAACGAGUUGGUUUCUUUUAGUUCAAUCGAUCUGUGUUUGUGUAUAUAAACCCUUUGAACUUUAUGAUCAACAAUUUAGUGACAGACUGAUUCAGUGCAA